UCCUCAUGACUGUGUCUCUACGCUGAAUGUCAAAAUGGAAACCGUAAUUGACCAUUCCAUGAAUAUUACAGAGACCAUCCCCACCAUGAACAACAGACGCAGGCAUUCGUCGGCCUCUGAAAAGGCGAAGGAAAUAGAGGCGAUUAAUGGGAUCGUUUCAGGUAAAAAUAUCCUAAUCACCGGUGGCGCAGCAGGCUUAGGGAACGCGUUUCUCAAUCAUUUUUUGAAGCACGGUGCAAACAAAGUGACGAUAUUCGACAUCGACGCGGAGGCUGGUAAAAGGGUCGAGUUGAGCGUGGAGAAAUCCUGCGGCGAGAAGAAAGUUCAUUUUAUUCACGUCGAUGUGUCAAAUUACGAACGGAUGACUGAGGCUUUCGAGGAAGCGGUAAGGCUGAUGAAUGACAUUGAUAUUGUCGUGAAUAAUGCUGGUAUAUUGGAUGAACGGAGAUGGGAGAAAGAAAUAGCAGUGAAUCUUGGAGGAAUGAUUUCUACUGCGUUGCUGGCUGUGAAGUAUUUGAAUAGAGACAAUGACGGACACGGGGGAACUUUGGUGAACGUCAGUCAACACAUAGACAUCAAGAACACAGCCCAACUUCCGGUUUAUACGGCCACGAAGCACGCCAUAAUCGGUCUUUCGCAAUCUCUUGCGGAUUCAUAUCAGUACGAGAAAACCGGUAUCCGUGUGAUAACGUUGUGCCCUGGCCUGACAGAGACAGCGUUAACCGUGGACAGUCCAAACAAGUUGCUUUCGAGAUUCAUGAAGGCUGACUUUGUCAAGAACCUCGAGCAAUUAUCGAUACAAACGCCGUACGUGGUGGCACAAGGCCUGAUGUCGAUUCUCCGAGUGGGCGAGUCCGGCAGCAUAUGGGUCGUCGAGAACGGUCGUAGUCCGUACGAGGUUUACGUACCGAAUCCUCGUACUUUGCGCCGCACAUACAAGAAUAACUUCACGCUGGUCGAGACCAAAGUGGUGAGCAGAGGUCGUCCGAUAAGAGAGGUCUGCGACAACACGCGAACAGGUCUGAUGAGCUGCGCUUGACGAAACGCAUUACUGGGAUGAUAUAUCUCGACUUAUUCGUUCAAUGGAUCUUCCAAAAUGAACGGCCCCUCGAAACGUCACGGUUUUGUUGCACGACGUCACCUCGGGAGGGGUAGGAAAAUUGGCAAUUUUUGUUGUUUCUGUUGAAAAAGUUGUCGAAAACCGUGACCGAAAGUGACGGGAAGCUGUCAGUUCGUUUUUGAAAACGACACGCGUCGAGCAGAGAUUCGACCUUACAAUAAGUACGGAUUUACGGUGAUUAAAUUGCGAAUCGAUCGAAAUGUGGUGUAUUCAGCCGUGAAAGAAAUUGUAAGGCAGAGUGUUAAGCUGGGUUGCUUGUGAUAUCUCGAGUGUGAUCGAUAUUACAGUGGUAAAAGUAUUUUAUACGCAUCGCACUUUGUACAAUCGUCGCACGCAAUAAUCUACAGAUUAAAAAAUAAUGAUAUUUCAUUCGUCGUAUAUGUUCUGUGUGUGUCUCUUUUUAUUUGAAACUUCUGCUUAGCACUGUCGAUUUACAAUUGUUUAUGCCGAACAAUAUUUUACCAUACGAAAAAAAGUAAUAUAAGUAAUUGACAAAUACUUUCAAACAAAUCGCUCUCUAUCACACUCUCUCUUUCGCUCUCAGAGUGAAAUUGGUGGGCUUAAAGAGUACAAUAAACGUUCCUUUCCAUUUUAUUAUCUCAGUAUUAAUUCAGCAUUUGAGAAUCACAAUAUCUGCUGUACAAAAAAAAAAUUCAUCAUCGGAAAACCGCAUUGUACGCCCGUGCAAGCAAUUCUUCAGACGGGCCAAUGCAUAAAACUUAAAAGUUAUAUUUUCUUCAUUACUUUUAUCCCCCAUAUUCCUUCUUCCUAUUUUUUACUUAUCUUUUAAUCAUAUAUGCGUUUAUUCAUUUUUUUUUCCGUUUUUGUUAACUUUACCUUUGCAACUUUACUGAUAGCUUAUGGAGGUUUCUCUUCGACUUACACGUAACUAAAUCUCAUUGUUUAUGUAUGUAUAUAUCUGUAUACGCUUGGGGACUCCGUACGAGCCAUAAGAAAAUAACAGUCGCAAAUAAUAUACCUAUUCUGCCUUUCUUUCUUGCGUCUUAUAGUUUUAAGGACAUUAUCAUGCGUACUUUUUUUUUUUUCUGUUACUUUGUUUUAGAGUCUUACUCUCGCAAACGCUGUCUGCGAUCUGCCCGCGGCGUCCUCGUACAUCAAAAAACGAUAUCUUCGACGGACUCGAAGCUAUUAAACGCAGUCGAACUAUAGGAAGGCAUUUGCGAGCUCUCUCUCUCUAUAUAUAUCUCUCUCUCACACACAUUUUCACUUACCACGAGCAUACCACGUUCAAUAUUUCAAAAAAAAAAAAAAAAAACCUAAUAGUCAAUAAAUCGAUGUACGAUUCAGCCUCCGCGUGUACCCCCCAUAUUCUCUAUCAACCGUACAAAAUCAAUUCUACUUUUUCCCUUUAAACUGUGUCUUUGUGUAUAUGUUUUUUUUUCUUCUCCUACACCGUCUCAUUACAAGGAACCGUUUAAACACGUUCCCGUUCGAAAAUCAAAACCCCCUCUGUGUGUUUAAUGUACGAGUAAAAUGAUUUCACCUUAAUUCAUAUACAUCGGUCAUCAUCUUAAAUAAAUAAAGUUUUGACUGUUCGAAAUAACAAUAAUAUAUUGUCCUACUCUCUAGUCUGCGACUGUACGCAUUUUCCACUUGUUCCUUGUUCCAUAUCUCCCCCUCCCCACACUAAGUUCCGUGUUCCAUUUAUCCGCGGAAAGGUACAGU